ACAGCUGUCAUGAGUCUGUCAGUGUCACGCCAAUAAUCACCUUUUUCUAGUUUUUUUAAGGAAAAAUAAAUUGUUUAUAAGUUAAAUAUAACUUUUAAAGAAUUUUCCGAUAAUUUAACAAACACUCAUCAUGAGAUUAACAGUAAAAAUCCUCAAAGGCAAAGAAUGCGUUAUAACGGUGAAUCCAGAAACCACAGUACUUGAGAUGAAACAGCAAAUCUCCCAAAUCCUUGAUAUUCCUGUUGUUCACCAGAAAAUUGUGCAUCUCGGAAGGUCGUUAGUAGAUGAAAAUACAAUAUCCACCUACCCCACCAUUAAAGAUGGUACAAAACUUAAUUUAGCCGUCAAAAAACCAGACCCACUCAAAGAAGUCAUCUAUCGGUCGUUUCGGAAGUACUACAAUGACGAACAUUCAGAGAAGCUGACUAAGGAAUUCAUGAAGGAUUUCGAAGCCAAACUGCGUCAAUUGAGCUUGGAUGAUAUUGAGAAAUUGGCGGAGAACAUGCUAGCUUAUUCAAUGUAGAAUACCAGUGUUAUUUAAGUCUCUCAAUGUACAAGCUUUGUUGUCGUGCGUCGUUACAGUCGUCGUCAUAGAGUUUGAUUCUAGUUUUGUACCUUCUUAAUAAAAAUGUGUAUAAAUGUGUGUAGGAAAAA